GGUUUAGAAACUCGGGCUAGGGAUUUUUUGGAGGCAGGAGAAAGAGGAUGAGGAAGCUAGUAGCGGAGAAGUUGGGUCGACUGGUGAGCAAUGCGGGAGGACAGAUUCGUCGUGGGUUUGCAAGCGCAGCGCCUCUUGCCAGUGAGUCUCCUCCGCUAAAGAAGACGGUGCUGUAUGAUUUUCACGUGGAGAACGGGGCAAAGAUGGUGCCUUUUGCUGGAUGGAGCAUGCCGCUGCUGUACAAGGACACCAUCCUCAACUCGACGCUCAAUUGUCGCCAGAAUGGUAGCCUUUUCGACGUGUCUCAUAUGUGUGGCCUCACCCUCAAAGGCAAGGACGCGAUUCCUUUCCUCGAGACGCUGGUCGUGGGUGAUAUCGCGGGUCUGUCAGACGGCUCGUGUAGUCUCUCGGCGUUCACCAACGAGAAGGGAGGGACCAUCGACGACACCGUGAUAACCAAAGUGAAGGAUGGUCACGUCUACCUGGUGGUAAAUGCGGGUUGCCGAGACAAGGAUCUGGCUCACAUUGGCAAGCACCUGGAAGCGUACAAGUCCAAAGGCAAGGACGUGAGCUCCCACGUUCACGACGAGCGCUCUCUGCUCGCUUUGCAAGGCCCGCUGGCUGCGUCUACACUCCAGCAUCUGGUGAAGGAGGAUUUGAGCAAAGUCUACUUUGGAAACUUCAGGAUCCUCUCUGUCAAUGGUGCCGAAUGCUUCAUCACUAGAACCGGGUACACUGGAGAGGAUGGGUUUGAGAUCUCUGUUCCGUCGGAGCAUGCUCUGGAGCUGGCCAAGGCACUUCUGGAGAAGUCUGAGGGGAAGAUCCUUCUCACGGGUUUAGGAGCAAGGGACAGCUUGAGACUGGAAGCCGGCUUGUGCCUUUAUGGACAUGAUAUGGACGACAACACGUCGGUUGUGGAAGCUGGAGUCGCCUGGACGAUUGGAAAGAGAAGACGUGCCGAAGGUGGCUUUCUAGGGGCCGACGUGAUACUCAAGCAGCUCAAGGAAGGCGUUUCCAGGAAGAGAGUGGGAAUGAUAUCCGAAGGAGCUCCAGCUCGCGCUCACUGCCCGAUCUACAACGCAAGUGACGAGGUGAUUGGCGAGGUGACGAGCGGUGGCUUUAGUCCCUGCCUCAAGAAGAACAUUGCAAUGGGGUAUGUGUCGACUGGGAAUCACAAGGAAGGCACGCCUAUCUCGGUGGCUGUUCGAGACAAGAAGAACGCGGGAGUUAUCACCAAGAUGCCUUUCGUCCCCGCAAAGUACCACAAGAAGCCAUGAUCGAGAAACUGCCAAGCAAAACCUCGACACGCCCCUAUUCUUCUGCUACACGAGGGCAAUGUAUGGAGGUCCUAAAGAACAUGGACGUCCCUUGAGGUUCUAAAUCUUAAUUGGAAUUAUGACUUCUGGAUCAA